CUUAUUUUUGAAAACAUAACUGGCAAAUACUACCCUCUUUUGUACCUUAACAAGUAUUGGAAUCUAGCAAGUGAUUACAUGCCCAUCAAUGAGACAACAAAGUAAGUUAAAAUAAAUCAUUUUUCUUUGAUGAAUUUUGAAAAAGGGAGGGCUUGUCUUUAGUAUAUAAACAUGCUAAUGCCACUGCACCUCUGUGCAUUCAUAUUCGUGGAGUUAGUCCUGUGAAGCAGAGCCUAAAAACUCCUAAAUGUAAAUGUCUUCACAUCAAUUGCAAUCACACAGGGACACCAUGUGCAUGUUCACAGGAUGCCCAUGUGCAUAUGAAAUACACUGAAGCUUAGUAUGCUCAUCUUAACAAGUUGAAGCCUCAAAGCUUGUGUGGCAGGUAUAAAGUGGUGGAUGGGAGGAGAGGGAUAGGGAGAAGGGAUUUAGAUCCAUGCUUUUGGACCUGUGUCACAGGUUACACCCUUUCUUCACUCUUGAAACCAUGUGAAGCUUGUAAUGUUGUAUUCUAUUUUUCUUGCAGGACCCUUGAGUUGCAUCUAACAUACAGCCCCAUAUCACUGUUCAAAUGGCAAAUGUAUGAAUCUCAGAGAAUGAGACAGAAAUGGUUUUCAUUGUUAGGCGAUGAACCAGAACAGACCGAAGAGGAACAGGAUUCUAUUAAGGUAAAUUUCCACAAAUAUGGGGAGAGAAUAUCAAACAACGACACUGCUACCUGAUCACGUCCUUGUUAAAAGUACCUUUUAAAUAAAUUGUGGACAUCUUUUGGGGAAUGUUACUACCUAUAGCAUUGAUUGUUAUACCAUAGUUUGUCUAACAGAAAAUCAAAACAAAUAAGGUAGGAAAAAUGCUUUUAACUUCAGCAGGGUCAGCUUUGUCUGUAGAGCUUUCUUCUGCAGAGUGGGUUGUUGUGGGUUCGAUUCCUGUGAUUGGGCCAAUAAAGGGUCUUAAAAUCACUGAGUAAGAAGUUGCUGCCUUUGCCUUGCAAAUGCCUACACCUGUGCAUGGUUCAGCUUAGUACUUUUGUGCUAAAAAACAUUUACACUUACAUUAUGUUGUUUUUGUUGUUGUUUUUUUUUUUGCGUUAGCAACUCCUUUCUAUUUGGAUAUAAAAUACCUCGCUGAUAUGUUUCUUUUAUUAAAAAAGUUCAAAAAAUAUUGAAAAAACAAUGACAUUUUAAUGUUCAACUAGCUUCAUAUUUAUCUAGUCAAAAAAUAAGAGUUGAAAAAUGUAAAUACUAAAUAAACAGUGCUACACAUGCUAUUGGAGCAGUAUUUUAUAUCCAAAUGUUUAUUGAAAUCGUCUGAACUCCUUUCUUAAUCGGACUUUGCUCAGUAACGUACAUUGUAGAACCUGACUGGUCCCCUUGUUGCGGGCAACAAGAGGAGCCCACAAUCCUAAUCUCCAGGUUGUCAUUAUGCAUGCAUCGCAUGUUUGUAGUCAGUAUUCGUUUGGACUUCCACUAAGAAUGAAUGGAAUGAACAAAAUGCAAUUUGAUCAUGUGCGUUUCGACUUUCUACCCUCGUAAUCUGAUCACCUGUGUUUUGAUCAUCUGUCACGUGAAACUUAUGCAAAGCACAGCACUGGAGCAAAAGUGUUUGGAUCUUCAAUCGUUGUCCCCCGCACUCCCUGACCUUUGGUUAUUACUAGUAACAAUAUUUUUUACUCAUCUAGAGAACCUUGGUGGAGACAAAUCCUUAUCUAUUGGGCAUUACCAUGAUCGUCACAUUAGUGCACACUGUCUUUGAAUUUCUGGCUUUUAAAAAUGGUAAGUUAAUUUUCUUGCUCACAUGUCAAAUAUCUUCAAAUGCAUGCAAACCCUGCCAUAAGCCUUUAGUGUUGCCAGCUCAACACGGUGAAUGUCUGGGUCUUUGCAACUGUGAACUUAACUUUCAAGUAAUGACAUGGACAUUUAUGUGAGCAAAGCAAAUAUAUAUUGCAGUAUGGCGAUAUUUGGUAUUUGAAUCACUGUUGGUAAGCCUACUAUAGACCCUGGUGGGGGGAGGGGGUGGGGUGGGUAGUUCCUAGUAAUAGUAAUAACGGGGAUGUGCCACUUGAUGGGGUCACACAUUUUUAGGAUUUGAGGGGGUAAGAAAAUUUUGGUAACUAGGAAUUUGAGAAAAAUGUGUCAAUUCAUCUUACGAUUACUUACUUAAAAGGCUUUAAAAAGGUAGAUGCAUAAAUAGAAAGUGACUAAGUUGGGAUUGCAAAAAUUUCUUUGGCCCAAAAGUGAGUAAGAUGAGGUUUAUAUUUGGGCACAGAAUUGACUAUAAUGGGGUAGGGGUUCUCACAAGCUAGUGGUACAUACACCGCAAAAAUUUACCCCGUCCCCCAGGUUAUAGACAACCAUGCUUUCUUUAAAGGAGCUGAUAUUGUAUGGUGUUCAUGCCUUGGGAAUUGUGUUAAACUCCACUUGCACACUUUAACCUUUCUGAGAAGAAAGGCAGUUCACCUACCCUUGAUGACAGAGGUCUUUUUGCUCACCAGUAUUGAGAG